AUGCCAGCCUCCAGGUCGUUGACGCUGCUGGACGUGCACAGCAACUACUUCACCUCCGCCCCCACGCGCCCCAAGAACUGCGCAGCUCUGCACCUCAUGCUCACUCAGAACUGCCUGUCCACGACUUUGACUCUGUGCGGGGUGGCCGAAGAACAGAGGAGCAGGGAGAGCUGCGCAGCUUUCUGUGGGGUGGGGCAGGCAGAGGCGUUGUGCAGCGGGCAUGGGUACUGCUUCAUGAAUGACACUAGUGAGAUGGCGGAGUGUGCGUGUGACGCGCACUACUCCACUCGCAACGACCCCCAAACGUGCUCAUACACAAUUGACCCCGUGCUGGCCUCCUCUGCCACCACUCCGAUGGUGUUGAGCGGCUCGGCGCUAACCUCUGCAGGCGGCGCGCUGCUGCUGACCCCCAAGGCCAACGCCACCUGGGGCACGGCCUUCACAGCGGCGCCUCUCCCCCUCUUCUCCUACUUCAACACCAAGGCCACAUGCGGUUACCAGCUCGCCUUCAACGCAUCCCUUGCCUUCUCCCUCGACCCGGAGGCAGAGGCGGGCGGGGAUGGGCUCGUGUUUGUCGUUGCUGCGGCGCUGCCAGACCGGCUGGGAGGGGUGGGGAAGCGGAGUGUGGCGGUGGAGUUUGACUCGGUGCUGAGUGUGAAGCACAGCGACCCCAACGACAACCACGUGGGCGUCAAUGUGGGCGGCUCACCUGUGUCCCUCGCCUCUGCCACGGCCCCUCUCAUCCUCAACGACGCCCACACCAAGCACGCCUGGAUCCACUACGACCCCACCAGCGGCGGCACUCUCCGAGUCUACCUCUCCUCCGACCCCCAGCAGCCCCCCACCCCCACCCUCCGAGCUCGCGUGUCGCUCUGCUCCAUCCUGCAGCCCAGGGCGUCCACUGCUGCAUUCUACGUCGGCUUCACUGCAUCAUCCACGACCGCCCCACAAGCACACUCCGUCCUCAACUGGGCCUUCAGUGCAGAUAUUCCGCUGAACCCGCCCUUUGAUCCUUCAAACCUGGCGUUGGGGUUUGUGUUGGACGAGGACUCCUUCUCAUCGCAGGGCUUCAACGCCGCCUUCCACUACGCAAGUGCGGGCUUCGACCCCGCGCAGGACAACAGCCCCGCGUGGACUGUCAAGUCCUACAGCACCUGGGUCUUGCCUGAAUCCACCUGGCCUGUCAAGAACCAAAAGGGGUGUGGUGAGUCGUAUGGCCAUAAGGUAUGA